AUGGUCCAUGCUGAAACGUUUUCCCGUCCUCUAACUCGAAACGAAGUUGUUGGUCUAAUUUUCCGCUUAACAAUCUUUGGCGCUGUGACCUUUACAAUUAAAUGGAUGGUAGAUGCAAUUGACCCAACAAGGAAGCAAAAAGUAGAAGCCCAAAAACAGGCAGAAAAGUUGAUGAAGCAAAUAGGUGAAAAUGUGAAGGCUUCUGAAUAUGAGAUGAGCAUUGCUGCACAUCUGGUGGAUCCUCUUAGUAUGCACGUAACAUGGAACGAUAUUGCAGGCUUAGAUGAGGUUAUUACAGAUCUGAAGGACACAGUCAUUUUGCCAAAGAAAAAACAUCUGUUUCAAAACUCAAGACUUCUACAGCCACCCAAAGGAGUGCUGCUGUACGGCCCUCCGGCGGCUGUGGUAACCUUGAUUGCCAAAGCUACAGCAAAGGAAGCCGGUUGUCGGUUUAUUAAUCUUCAGCCCUCAACGUUGACAGACAGUUAUGGUGAAUCCCAGAAGCUGGCAGCGGCGGUGUUCUCCUCUGCUGUAAAGCUCCAACCCUCCAUCAUCUUUAUUGAUGAAAUAGAUUCUUUUCUACGAAGCCGUUCAAGUUCUGAUCAUGAGGCCACAGCUAUGAUGAAAGCCCAAUUCAUGAGUCUCUGGGAUGGUCUAGACACUGAUUUUAAUUGCCAAGUGAUAGUGAUGGGAGCUACCAAUCGCCCCCAGGAUCUUGACACGGCAAUUAUGAGAAGAAUGCCUACAAGGUUUCAUGUCAAUCAGCCUUCACUAAAACAGAGGGAAGCAAUCCUGAAACUUAUUUUGAAAAUGAAAAUGUAAGUGGACAGGCGUGUGGAUCUCCUUGAAGUGGCCAAAGAAACUGAUGGGUUUUCAGGAAGUGACUUGAAAGAAAUGUGUCGCGAUGCUGCGCUCCUGUGCGUCAGGGAAUAUGUAAAUACUGCAUAUGAAGACAGCAAUGACGACGAUGAAAUCCGUCCUGUGCAACAAAGGGACUUGCAUCGAGCCAGCGAGAAGAUGAGGAAAUCGAAGGACGCGACGAAUCAAAAUGUUCUGAUGCAUGUUAGUUUAGAUUAAGGUUACCCGUAGCUUCUUUUGCGACUAGUAAUUUAAAUAGUAGAAGUCAAUUGAAAAGAAAAGAAAACGCCCCCCAUCCUUUUAACAAUUGUUUCUGGGAUUGUUUUAUAUUCUGAUACCUAAGUUAUUGAAACCUAGUAAUUUUGCAGAAUUGGGAUUGGGUCCGUGUGACAAAUCAUGACAAGGAGGGAUAUAGUCUUGCUUCAACCAAUGUCCUUGUUGCAGCCUUAAAAAUGUCUUGGUAGGUUUUCGCAUGGCACAUGGUUGCUCUGAGAGGGAGAGCAGAGCCUAUGUAUAUAUGUAUGAGACAGUGUAUGUGUGUGUGUGUGUAUGAAUGAUGUGUAUGUGUAGCCACCGGUUUUUAUAUAGAGACAUAAUACGUAGAAAACUUGAAUAUGAAAUCCAUUCAUUGUUUUUCUUUUUACUUACUAUCUGGAUCGAGUUAGAUCACGGGGUUAAAAUAAUAACUGCACAAUUCCCUAAUGCACAGUCAGAAAUUCUGCUUUUUUUGAGGGAGUCAGGGAGGUGAUGGUGUGUGUAUCUGUAAUGUAGGCAAAUUCUCAUUUCUUUGCAUCAUAACUAACAGUAUCCACAUGUGCCAAUGAUCUAAAUAUAAUGUGUGCAAGUCUCAUGAAUGUUUUCAUCUUGUACGAUCCUACAAAUUGUAUUCCUUUUAAUACCUCUAUAUAAUUGAAGCUUACUAUUGUAGGCAGAACAUUAAAAACUAUAGGUUGUUAAAUGUUUUCUUUUAUUUCUGAAUUGUAACUAAUGUCCUUUAUUGAAUUACUGGGCAUAAAUGUUGCCAUUGGUAAAUUUCCUUCUUUGCUGUUCUAAACAUUCAAACAGCUCUAAGUAGAAAUCACAAAAAGUAUAGCAUCAAGGACAGUGGCUUUCAAUUUUAGUUCAAUUUCUUUCUAUAAGACAGGGAUCUUGCAGAGAGUAGGAAAUCAUCCUAUUUCAUGUUCAUUAUGAAAUAAUAAUAGGGAAGAUUGGAAUAAUGAGAUUUGUUUUCUGAAAUUCAUUCACUGUUGUGUCUCCUCCACCCCAAAUUCAUAUCUCUGCACUAAUUCUAGGUAUACGUGUAAGCUUCUUUUCUUUGGGUAUAGAACCAAAAUGUCUUUUACAGAACAUGCCCUAACUAGAAUGAUUUACUUUUGUGUGUGUGUGUGUGUGUGUCCUUUUCAAAAUGGAAAAUCUUUGGCCAAGGAAAAAACAAUUCAUUUACUGUUAAAUAAGGCAGAUUUUGUCAAAUGAAAUAUUUUUUUUAAAAAAUCCAUCCAAGUCAGAAUAUUUGAGAUUAAGAACUGAGAGGGUAAAUGUAUAUGUGAUGAUCAAACGCUUUUGCAUAAUGGAUGACAUUAAAUCAAAAUGGCGGGGUGUCAUUCCUCCAUUUAAUUUUCCUUUUAUCACUAAAUCAAUCACAUCCAAUCCCCUUGUACAUAUCUGAGGUAUGUAUCUGAAAAGAAAAAUACUUGAAAAAUAUCUAUGCUUCUGGACACGCAGCUCUGAUUUUCAGCCAUACAUGUAAAUACAGAUUGAGAUAUCAGUAAGUCGACCCUUUUAAAGUCAUUUACCCAAAUCUCCUUUGCAAUAUUAAAGCUUAGGACAAAUUCCUUAGGUAAAUUGUGGCAAAGUACUUGAUUUAAUUCUUCAAUUAAGCCUUUCAUUUUAAUGAGCUUUAUUGUAUUCUGAUAGUAAUUCCUUGUUCAUGUCUCAAAUUUUAUUCUACUUAAUUUCAGCCAUACCUCAAAGUUUAAAAAAAAAAAAACUUUAUCUAACCGUUUCAUUAAACUGCUGUCUCUUUCCAGUAUUUUCUAUGGCUUGUAAAUCAAUGUCACACGGUGAGUCUGUUGUAUCUCAUGUUCUAAACAUUUAUGUCUAUGAAUACUUUUUUGCCACAACAGCAAAGCUAGAGAUCAGUUCUUGUGACCAAACAUAUUCAUUUUAAGAUGUAUCAUUUCACCUCCUAAUUUUCAUAAGCUCAGAAUAGUCCCAUUUUAAGUUUAUAGUAGUAUAAAUCAUACUUGGUUUCUCUCUCACUGAGUGAAACAACUUUAUCUUUUUCUCUUUAAGUGGUUUAUUUGCAAGAGGGAAAAUGAUUCCAGGUGUGUUUUAAGGACGCUGGUUAGGAUCCAAAGAUUGUAGCAGUUCAGGAAAUUUCAGCAGAUGUUCUUUGCGCAUGAGGUCUCUCGAGAUUUUUUCAAACCUUGGUCAAUACUUCUGAUGUCCUUUGUCACUGUAUUUAAAACAUGACUUAAAAUCUCAUGCUUCUUUGCCUUCCGGCCCACAUCAUUCCAGCAGCAAAUAUUAAUUUAGCAUAAUUUAAACUUGGGAAGUAAGGAGCACCUGAAAAUGUUGAAUGAAUUUCUCCUCAACUUGUCUGAGAGGUAAUAAAUGUGAACAAUCUCUUUAAUUCCUAGGACUAAGAUAUUUAUUUCACCAGACGUAUUGCUAUAUAGUAGUGAGAUAUAGAUUUUUAUCACCCUCCUUGGUCACUAAGCUCCAUUAGCUAUUCCUGGGACAUAGCUGUAUAGUUUUAUAAUGAAAUAUUUAUCUGCAUUUAUAGACUAAAGAGCAGUCUUUUCUUAUACUCAUUCUUAACUAAUGAUCAAGAAUGGAAAUUAUAUUUCCAUUCUUGAUAGUUGGGGUCCAGUUGUGGUGAUAGAAACUUCCCAUUGAAAGUUCAUAGCAACUUCCUUCAACGGAACAAUUUUAUUUGUGAUUUCCCAGCAAAUAACUUGGUUAGUCUGUAGCACCAAAAAUAGCCGUCUCUUUGUAUCUUUAUAGUUCCAUGGCAUAAAUUUGGAUAUUCAACAGCCCAAUAUAAAAUUAUUUGAUUUCCAGAUGAAAAUAUUAGUAUAUUAUUUUGGAGAAGAGGGAUAUGGGCUUGUUUAUAAGAUCAGCUGAUUUAAGAAAAUUCAUGGAAAGUUUCUUGUCUGCUCCUGGUCUGCCCCUACAAAAGUUUUUCAAGGACUAAGGGAUGUUUCCUGAGUAAGAUAGAAUGGAUUCAGAAGGUUCUUCAAAGAAUUCUACCAAACAAAACAGAAGCGUUGAGUCAACAGUGUUGACUUCUUCUUACUUCCUUGUUUUAAGAGCCAUGAUUUCAGCAGAGCGCCUUACUAUAUAAUGGAGCCAUGUUGAUGCCAUUAUGUUACUUUUAGCUCUUCCCACGUUCAGAUAAGCGCUUACUGAAUGUUGACUCUGCGCAAUCAAGACGGCUCUUGAAUAGUUACAAACAACUCAUAAUGUAUUUUUACAGUUGAGGUUGUUCUUCUUUGUGCACUGUUCUAAAAUUAUAUUCCAGUCCCAUCAUUGGCUUGACUUAGCACUCGCUUUCACCUUGUGAAAACGAAUGUUUCCUCCUUCCAUGUUGCAGUUGACGUGGUACGUUAAAGCUCCGUGUGGAACCCCAAUGCCUGCAACUAGUUUGAAAGGUGGAGAUAAUAUAUUUACUAAUAUUAAGCAUACGUGUUCUCUCUCUGGGGGUUCCCGUUUCUUGUUUAACGUUGUGUGAUUUUGGAUUGGGAGUGGGGCCGUUCCGCUGUUCCGUCACGGACACCAUGUCUAUAGUUGUGUCAGGUUUAUGUGUCAUCCUAUUUUACUCAUGAGAGUAAAGUUAGUCCACCAAGAGUUUUGAGACUCCAAAAUCCAAGCCACAAGCUUUGUAAUUUGGUACGUUUGUGCUUUUAUUAUUGUCAUUAUCAGCAUGUGGGGCCUCCACUGACACAAAAGAGCAUAAAUACCCUGUAAAAUAAUAAUGGGUGUAGGAAUAUUUAAGGGUUCUUUUCUUAAACCCGAAAACCCAUUGACAAAGCUGAGCUUGAUAAUGAAGCAAUAAAUGUGACAUGAUCAUGGCAAACCAUUUAAAAUGUUUUUUUUUUUAAAAAAAAUGUAUGUUUUUUCACAUGGUUUUAAGGAUCAAGUACAUACAUGUAUUCUCACUGCAGUGGCUAAAUUUAAUGAAUAAAAAAAAGAUGAGUCAGCCUA